AUGGCGGCCAGCUUGCUUAAGGGCGCGGGCGCUCUGAGCGCCCCGUGCAGGGUCCGUGGUGCGCACCAGCGGGCUCAGCGCGCAUGGACGCCGGACCCCUUGCGCUCUGUGCGCCGGGCCGCCCAGGACCAGGGCGGCGACCUGUUCAGCGGCGAUCAGCCGCGCGCCCCGACCCCCGAGGAGCUUGCGGCGCUCUCCGGCGCCGUUCCCGAGGUGGAGGCGCAGGCGGCCGCAGAGCCCAGCCCCCAGGAGCCAACGCCAGAAGUCACCGGGCCUCGCGACGACGACGUCCUGCCCGACUCCCUCGAAGACUCGCUCUCGCAGGCAGCGCAGGCCUGCUGCGACGCGAUGGAGCGCGGGCAGGGCCGCAUGGUCGUCGAGAUCCUCGUGCCGGACUUCUGGGACCCGAUCAGCGGCGCGAUGUUCCGCGACGAGGGGGACCAGCAGCGCUUCUGGCGGCUGACGCGGCGGUUCAUCGACCAGGUGCGCGCGACGGCGGGGGACCGCGGCCAGAUGCGCGCGAUCUACCCGGACAUGGGCGUCGCGGCCAUGCUCAAGAACUCGUGGGCUGCGGAUGGCGAGGAAAUCGGAUUCGAGAUCUCGGCGCUCACGGACCGCAACCCCGUGAGCCCCGAGGACGGCAUCGUGGUCGUGGCGGCGCCAGACCCGCAGGGCCUGGAGGAGACGCAGGCGGCGGCGAACUCGCUGGGUCCGGGCCAGGCGAUGAUUCUCUUCAACCCGCGGCUGGCGUCGGGCGACGUGGGGAUCGGCCUGAACGUGCGGCGCAUGCGCGACAACUUUUUGGGGUCGUUCGUCACGGCGUACUCGAUCCGCCCGAUCGAGGACGUCGGCUCGGUGUUCCGGCGGUACCCGGGGCUGUGGCAGGUGUUUGUGGAGGACGAGACGACGCCCGGGAGGUACAAGCUGGUGGCGGAGGAGCCGCGGCGGCCAGCGGGGGAGGCGCUGGACUCGAUCGUGAUGCGUGGGCUGGGGCUCGAGCCGGAGGAGGGCGAGGAGCAGGAGGGGGGGGGUCUGAUGGGGGGUCUUGGGAACGCCCUGCGCGCGGUGGCGUCGCUGCAGAAGUUCGCGCGCUCCCUCACCAAGUAG